AUGGCUGAUAAACUUAAGGUUGUAGAACAAGAACCAAUUGAUGACCCUUCACUGGAAAAGAAGGAAACUGAACCCACUAAGAAGGAAGAAGAACCCAAGGUUGACGAGGCGCCACCCAAGGUCCCAGAGAAGGACCUUCACCUUGAAGAUGAAGAUGAAUCUGGGCCACCACCUCCUGCUAGACCAACAUCUCCCAGGACAAAAGCACUCAACGAAUUGAAAGAAGCGUUCCCUUCUAUUGAUGAAAAGAUACGCACUGCUGUCUUAAUCGCAUCGUCAGGUGAAUUGGACCCUGCCUUCAAUGCACUUUUGUACAUCUCGGAUCCAUCAUUCCAGCCGGAGAUCCCAAGUGUUAGCAGUUCAGUUCCUGCCUCCGGUAAGAUUUCAACUCAAACUAAUAGCACACUAUCGGAAGAUGAAAUAUUGGCUAGAAAGCUCCAAAAAGAGUUUGAGAAAGAAGAACACCAAAGGAGAGUUAGAAGUAGGAGAAGAAGAGGCGAGAGAUCGUCAACUGGCCAGCAACCCAACCCAGACGAUUCGCCUGAUGACUUUGAACAGAUCAAGGAGACUUUUACCCAGGGCUUUGAGGAAGCCAGGACCACUCUUAACGGAUGGGUUUCAGGUAUCACGAAGAAGUUCUCGGAUCUUAGUGAUGAAGACCAAAGGGAACACCAGAAGCAACAACAGCACCAAUCCCAACAUAGUCAACAGGGCCAGCAGCGCUCUCAAUCGCAGAAGAACCCCAAGCUCUUUGGAGCCUUGGGCGGUUCCUCCUACUCCAAGAAGAACAGCAGAUUUGAUGAAGAUCCAGUGAUUCUCUCUAAUGACUUCCACAACAGGAUCAGUUUGGAGGACAACGAUAACGAAGAAGAAUUAGCUCCUCUGUUACCUAGACGUAAGACAUCCCAUGAGCAAUCUGAUAGCUUCACUGAAAGCACUCCAACAACAAAGAAAUGGCAACCUUUGAACUCUGACGCUCCAGUGAAUUCCGAUGCCUUCUUGGUCACCGAUAGUGAGGAAGAAGCCGAACCUGAUACGAAGAAAGCUGAUAAAUAG